CACACAGAGAGUGGAUGUGUCAACACAGCCCUGCUGCUGGAGAACCUUCUGAACCUUAGACCUGUAGCCUAACUCAACAACUCAUGCUGGAAAUCUGGCUUUGAAGGAAUCAGUCUUCCUAUGCUAACAGUGAAAGGAAAUGGUAAGCAGAAGUGUCGGUGGAACAUCCGUGCCUGACUCAGAGGAAAGCAAGGUUAUUUCUCCUCAGGAGAACUGCUCUUUUAUAAGGAGAAAGUAACGGCAAUGUUUGAAGAAUGGAUGAAUAUAAUACCUCGGAGAAUUCCUCUUGUGACCCUAUACUGGCACACCAUUUAACACCAGUUUACUUCAUAGUGCUUAUUGGAGGGCUAGUAGGCGUCAUCUCCAUCCUGUUCUUGUUGGUGAAAAUGAACUCACGUUCAGUGACCACCAUGGCUGUCAUUAACCUGGUGGUGGUCCAUGGGGUAUUCCUACUGACAGUGCCUUUCCGCUUAGCUUACCUCAUCAAAGGGACUUGGACAUUUGGAUUGCCCUUCUGCAAAUUUGUGAGUGCCAUGCUACAUAUUCACAUGUACCUCACUUUCCUCUUCUACGUGGUGAUACUUGUCAUCAGAUACCUCAUCUUCUUUAAGCGUAGAGACAAAGUAGAAUUCUACAGAAAAUUGCAUGCAGUUGCUGCCAGUACUGCCAUGUGGCUUUUGGUGAUUGUCAUUGUUGUACCCUUGGUGGUUUCUCAGUAUGGAAAUAAUGAAGAAUACAAUGAGCAACAGUGCUUUAAAUUUCAUAAAGAACUUGCCCGAGAUUAUGUGCAAGUCGUCAACUAUAUGAUAAUCAUUAUUGUCAUAACCAUUGCACUGAUUCUCUUGGGUUGCCAGGCCUUCAUCACAUUGUCCAUGGUGAGGAAGUUUCGCCAUUCCUUACUAUCCCACCAGGAGUUCUGGGCACAACUGAAAAAUCUUUUCUUUAUAGGUAUCAUUCUUAUUUGUUUUCUCCCCUACCAGUUCUUCAGGAUGUAUUACUUGUAUGUCGUGGCACAUUCCAAGAGCUGUAUAAACAAAGUUGCAUUUUACAAUGAAAUCCUCUUGAGCACAACAGCCAUCAGCUGCUGUGAUUUGUUGCUCUUUGUCUUUGGAGGAAGUCAUUGGGUUAAGCAAAAGAUUAUUGACAUAUGGAAUUGCCUUUUGUGCCAUUAGCCGAGAUUACCAUAUUCAUUUCUUCAGGUCGGGUGUGGGAAUAAGCAAGGAGCUAAGAAUGCCUUUUCAUUGCUUCAUCGAAAUCUUGCCUUGGCCCAAACAAACAAAAGGAAUAAAAAAUGUUCAAGUGUUUUACCCUCUCCUAUUCUAUGCCUGUUGUUUGUGAAGGUAUCCAUGCAAAGAUGACUGGCAGUGAACCUAUAUGAAGUUGCCAUAUUGCAUUAUUUUCCAACAUACAGUGUCUAUUUGGCUAUCCAGAAAACAUGUGUCAACUGGGUGCUGGAGUUAUGUUAGGGCGUGGUGACUUCCUGGUUUUGAAACAUGGUUUCCCUCCUAGGCUUCAAGCUGCAGGUAGCUGAAGUUAGUUAUUUCUAUUCCACUUCACCUUGUGAAGGCUCAUCCUGGUUAUCAUGGGGCUCCAAACAGACACAUUCUGUUUGGUUUCCCAGACUAGUUGGCACGGUCAACACACACACCUGGGAAGAAACCUGGAAGUUGGGGGAGCAAGAAAUUUUUUUAUAUCAUCCUAACUUUGGAGGAAACAGCAGGACUUCUUUAACGAGCUUUUCUAACCUUGUCCUUUUAAAGGUUGUGUAUAAGGACAUGGGGAUUGGCAGCACACUGUCAUCAAUCACACUCUUUCUCUGAAAAUUAAACUAAUGGUAACCUUCCUAAGAUACCCAAGUAAUGGAGAAAGCCUAACAUAGGGAAUGCCCAGGGCCAGUGUGAUGCAAUUCAGGACAAUUAUGGCUUUGCUAUGCUUUGUUUUGUUUUCCUUCUCUGAGUUUUGAAUAAAAUUUUACAUGUCUAUGGCCAUAGUUAAUGUAUUCUUACCCAUUUGAAAAUGGGAAGAUACACUGGAGUCUUUUAGAUAUACUCCACUUUUAAAGUCAUACAUUUUUAAGUAAAUGAAAACUGUAUUUUGAACAGAAAGAAAUUUGGGGAAGAUAUGGGAUAAUCCUUAAUUUAGACUAUAUGAGACUUAGGUUGCAUUAAAAGAGUUUUAGGAAACAUUUUAAAAUGAGUGAAUAAAUAUGCAGAAAAGUAAUACCAUCCCAUCCUUUAAAAUAUUAAGCCAUAUGGAUAUCCUUGCCAAAUUCUUAGUCACAUUUUGCAAUUUUGUUCAUAACUUGUGACAUGUGGCAUAUUAAAUUGCAUUAAACUUUUAUUUCAAGAAUGAUUCAUGAUAAGUUCACGCACAGGUUUAUGGUUUGUACUAAAUUAUGUUGGUUUUUUUCCCUUCGUUAUUCAUGCCGCAUCUCCCUCAGUUUUGUGGUCUUGAAACUUUUCAGGGAACUGAGCCAUGUCCAGAUUUAAGGCUUCAGAAAAACUGAAGUCAUUAGUGGUGUAAGUAGAAGAACAGGUGGGUCAAGAGAGCAAUUAUUCCUGGAAGGGACAUCCUUACAUCUUAAAGACUUUUCAUCAGUUACUGCUGAUCCACAGAUUCCAAACUUCAUCUGAAGGACAAGAAAGGUUCUUGUGAAGCUCUAGUGUCAGUGAAAUUACCAAGGCAAGGCAACUCAUCCUAAAGGAAUCAAAUGUAGUAACACACUGCAAACAUGACUGUUUCCAACUGUCCUCUUUAAAUAAUCACAUCUCUUCUUUCCAGCAUUUAAAAAACAUUUCUUUUAUUUAUUGCUAGCUUCCCUUUUGUAUUUAUUUUCUAAUUUUUCCCCUUACUUUGUUUCAUAAAAUUUGCAAUACUAUCACUAGCCCCAUAAACAUUUUGAGAAAAUAUGUAACAUAUCCAUUUGUAGCAUAAAGAAAGAAAGGUAGAAAGGAAUAUUUAAAAUAAGUUUUAGUUAUAAGGGUUUUCUGGGGAUUUUCUUCUAGUGGCAACUGUAAUUGUGGACUAUGCAUCCUACUUUUAUGGACAGGAUUGUAUCUUUCAGAUUUUAAGACAUGUUGAUGCAAAGCAGCAGUUAUCUAUUUCUCAGUGUUGUAAUAAAGGCUCAUCUCUUUCUAUGGGCCUGCACAUAUAGAAACUGUUAUCUAGAAUAUAGACAUGUAACAUAAUAUGCAAUUAUAAUAUGUAAUACCUUAUUGAUCAGGCUUCACAGAAUAAAUGAAAAGUCUUCAA